AUGUCAGAACCAUCUGAGUCAAGUGACUGGGAUAUGGAAGUAGACGACGAAUCCGAAGACCUACCCGAACCAGCACUCAUACGUCAAAAAUCAUAUACCAUUCUUCACCUUUCCGAAAUAGAGCAAAGGGUAAACGAAAUUGCUUCAGAAUACUCCGAACUUUUGGGGAUUUCCAAAGAUGAAGCUUUGAUUUUGCUUACCCACUAUCACUGGAAACUCCACAAACUGCAAGACUCUUGGCUUGAUAAUGAAAUGAGGGUUCGUAUUGAAGCAGGAAUCUUAUUGCCACCAGCAGGAUAUGAAGUAGCAAAAAGCAGAGGGAAAAAAUUAGGCUCAAUUAAAUUAGUUAGGGGCACUGAAGGGUGCUGCCAAAUUUGCUAUGAAAAUAAAUUAGACAGAGACGCCUUGCAGUGUGGGCAUUCUUAUUGUAAAAGCUGCUGGAGACAGUAUCUUGAGAACCUUUUAUAUGAAAGAACCAUAGCUGGAGGCAAAUGCCCAAUGCAUAGCUGCCCAUUAAAGGUACCUGAAAGUAUGAUUUUAGGAUACUUGCAAGGAGAAAAGGCUGAGAAUUAUAAACGAUUGAAAUGUGAAGAAUUCAUAAAUCAAAAUCAAGCCUACCGGUGAUGCCCAGCACCUGGAUGCAGCUAUGUGGUGGAAUAUGAAAAUUUAGGAGUCCAUGGGAUUUCCUGCAAAUGUGGAUAUUUUUUCUGUUUUGCUUGUGGAGAAGAAGCUCAUAGGCCAGUAUCAUGCAAUCUAGUAAAAUCAUGAAUUGUAAAAAAUUCUGCUGAAAGCGAAAAUAUCACCUGGAUCAUUGCAAACACGAAACAGUGCCCAAAAUGCAGAAACCCAAUAGAAAAAAACCAAGGCUGCAACCAUAUGACUUGCAGAAGAGAAGUCAACGGCUGCGGCCACGAAUUUUGCUGGCUUUGCCUUGGUCCUUGGACUGACCACAACUCUGCAACUGGAGGUUUUUAUAAGUGCAAUAAAUACGACGAGCUGAUGUCAGGCACCAACAACGCCUUUAAGCAAGAAGAAUCCAAGCGAGAAAAAGCCAAAACUGAACUCGACAAGUAUAUUUGGUACUUCGAGAGGUAUAAUAACCACCACAAAGCACAAAAAAUCGCCUCAGAAAAGCAAGUGCCUGCAAUGGAAGAAAAAAUGCAAGAAUUGCAUGACUUUAAGCAGUACCCAAUUGGAGAGCUGGAGUUCCUUAAACAAGCUGCAGAACAGGUCAUUAAAUGCAGGAGGGUGCUAAAAUGGACCUAUUGCUUUGGGUAUUAUUUAAAAUCUGGAGCUGAAAAGGACCUUUUUGAGCAUCUUCAAGAGAAACUUGAAGAAAACACUGAGCAUUUGCAUGAGCUUGUAGAAAAGCCGCUGGAUGAGUUUAUGUCGGCUGAUGUUAUUGAUAGGUCGCCGUUUUAUCAGCACAAAAGUGAGCUUACUAAUUAUUUCCAAGUCACCAAAACUUUUAUGGAGCAUCUAUUAGAUGGCAUUGAAAAUGGGCUGACGGCCUAA